AUGUACUUUCUCUGUUAUGGCAAGGUCGGAGUCAGCUUCAGCAAAAACGAAGACGUAAUUUUCAGCACGCCUGAUCCAAUCACGCUCAAACCAGGAGCUUGUUUUGGCGAAUUGGCGCUGAUCACAAAGAGCAACGAAGACGACGAUCGCAAACUGACGGUGAUUUCGCAAGGCGCUACUUUGAUCCGUUUCGAGAGCAAGCGUCUCUACGAGUUCGGCCUCGAGCAGCAGUUGCGCUUUUACAACGCUGUAUUUAUGCCAGACAACAAAAUCGUGCGACAAUUCAUGGAAGAGAACAAGUGGCGAUGGUGGAAGAAGAAAAUUUAUGACAUGCAUUUGAACAAAACUCACCACAUUAAUAGAAUGAAAUUCAAAAACAAGGAAAACCAACUUGGCUGCGCCUAUUUUCCGUCAAAAGAAACAGCCGAAGAUCCGAAUUUCGAGACGAUGGAAAGCUUCUGUUCGAUUCCGCUGACGGUUUACUGUGAAAACGGCGAUGUUGUCAAGGGAAAGAAGAAGAAGGAAAAGAUGGCGAAGAGGAUUGUUUCGCGGAUUAGGCCGACGACGGAGAUGAUUGAUUCCGUCCACUUGCAAAUGUUUAAUUCCGACGGCUUUGUCAAUCAAGCGAUGAAGACUUUCAGCUGA